CAGCCACAGCAGCGCUAACAGCAGCAGCAGGAGCAGCUGUUCACACACCCGGAGAGAGCGCGACAGACAGACGCAGGGGAGGGCGUGGAGGAGAGAGAAGGAGCGGAGACGGGGCGGGCUCCGAGAGCCCGAGGUGGCGAGGCGGCGAGCCGGAGUGGCCGGGGAGGCGCGGGCGGGCUGCGGGUCCCUCCGGCCCUUGCGGAGCCGGCGAGGCUGAGAGCCCCGUGCUCGGGAGGCGGCCCCCGUCCGGUCCAGCCCCGUCCGGUGCCGCCGCCCGCCUGGUCGCCCUUGUCCCUCCCCCGCUGCAGCCGCCGCCACCGCCGCCCGGGCGGAUGGCCGGAGUGUGCCGACGUUCGAGGCUGGAAUGGUGCUGGCGGGCGCGUGCGGUGCCUGCCUUGUGAAGCCCCGCAGGAGCCACCAUGGAGAUGAUGCUGCUGCCUCCUGUGUGAGUGCCCAAAGCAGAAUUCCCAGAAGCCCCCCGAUGGGAAAGAUGAUAAUACAGAAAAACACUGCCCCGUGACAGUGAAUCCUUGGCACAUGAAGAAAGCUUUUAAAGUCAUGAAUGAAUUAAGAAGCCAAAAUUUGCUUUGUGAUGUCACUAUUGUGGCUGAUGACAUGGAAAUUUCAGCACAUCGAGUCGUCCUGGCAGCUUGCAGCCCUUAUUUCCACGCCAUGUUUACAGGUGAGAUGAGCGAAAGCCGGGCCAAGAGAAUUCGAAUAAAAGAAGUGGAUGGCUGGACAUUGAGGAUGCUCAUCGACUAUGUUUACACUGCUGAGAUCCAAGUCACUGAAGAAAAUGUGCAGGUACUCCUUCCAGCAGCUGGUCUGUUACAAUUACAGGAUGUGAAAAGGACUUGCUGUGAUUUUUUGGAAUCCCAACUUCAUCCAAUCAACUGUUUAGGAAUCCGGGCUUUUGCAGAUAUGCACGCGUGCACUGAGCUUCUGAACAAGGCAAACACCUAUGCAGAACAGCAUUUUUCGGAUGUGGUACUCAGUGAAGAAUUCCUCAAUCUGGGCAUCGAACAAGUAUGCAGUUUAAUAUCCAGUGACAAGCUUACAAUUUCCUCAGAAGAGAAGGUAUUUGAAGCAGUAAUUGCUUGGGUAAACCAUGACAAAGAUGUAAGACAAGAGCUGAUGGCUCGACUGAUGGAGCAUGUGCGGCUACCUUUGCUUCCCCGGGAAUAUUUAGUUCAGAGGGUGGAAGAAGAAACCCUAGUGAAGAACAGCAGCGCUUGCAAAGAUUACCUCAUUGAAGCCAUGAAGUACCACCUGCUGCCCUCCGAGCAGCGCACACUAAUGAAGAGCGCCCGGACUCGGCUGCGAACACCCAUGAGCCUGCCCAAAUUGAUGGUGGUGGUUGGUGGUCAAGCUCCAAAAGCUAUUCGAAGCGUGGAGUGUUACGACUUCAAGGAAGAACGCUGGCAUCAAGUCGCUGAGUUGCCUUCCAGGCGAUGUCGAGCAGGUAUGGUCUACAUGGCUGGCCUCGUUUUUGCCGUGGGAGGUUUCAAUGGCUCAUUAAGAGUUCGAACUGUCGAUUCCUAUGAUCCAGUUAAAGAUCAGUGGACCAGUGUUGCUAACAUGCGGGAUCGGAGGAGCACUCUGGGAGCUGCUGUGUUAAAUGGCUUGUUGUAUGCAGUUGGGGGAUUUGAUGGAAGUACAGGUUUAUCAUCUGUGGAAGCAUAUAACAUGAAGGCUAAUGAAUGGUUCCAUGUUGCACCAAUGAAUACUAGAAGGAGCAGUGUUGGUGUGGGGGUUGUUGGAGGCUUGUUGUAUGCUGUGGGGGGUUAUGAUGGAGCAUCCCGCCAGUGUCUCAGCACCGUGGAGUGUUAUAAUUCGGCAACAAAUGAAUGGAGCUAUAUCUCGGAAAUGAGCACGCGCAGGAGUGGAGCAGGGGUUGGAGUGUUAAACAACUUACUCUAUGCCGUGGGAGGUCAUGAUGGUCCAUUAGUAAGAAAAAGCGUGGAAGUGUAUGAUCCUGCCACUAAUACCUGGAGACAAGUGGCAGAUAUGAACAUGUGCAGAAGGAACGCAGGUGUUUGUGCUGUUAAUGGCCUAUUGUAUGUAGUUGGAGGUGAUGAUGGUUCCUGUAACUUGGCAUCAGUGGAAUAUUAUAACCCAACAACGGAUAAAUGGACAGUGGUAUCUUCUUGUAUGAGCACAGGGAGAAGUUAUGCAGGUGUUACAGUUAUUGAUAAACCAUUAUGAACAGAAGAAGGAUUUCUGCACACUUAUUCUCUUGAAACAGGCUUCAACAAGUAUUUUUGAAGUGACUUAGGGGCUAACACUUCUCUACUCAUGGCUGCAUUUUGGGUCUCAGUAGAAGAUAAGUUCGUCUGCCAUUAAAGGCAUCAGACGCUGAAGAUUAUUCUAGGUCGAAGCGCCGUGUAGGAGUUUUCUGCAUUGAGCAGCAGCUGACUGAAUUUUUAACAAGAUGAAUGGACCACAGUAUUUAUUAUCAUAAAGUUUUCGGACAAAAGUGGCUUUCCUAAGGACCAAUCAGUGUCAGACUCAGAUGACUACGGAUUGUUCUGUGAAGAAGGAAAAAGUGAUGUGCGUUCUGGUCAAAGUAAAUUUUGUCUUUAUUGUUUCCUCCCCAGGAAAUCGGUAUCUCCACAAACUGUAUUUCUUUGAAUGGGUAUAGAAGUCUACAUCAGUAAUACCCACUGGCAGGGAGAUCAAACUGUUUGCUUUUAUAAAACAUUUGAUUCAAUGAAUAUAAGUUGUGUGCAUAUAUACAUAUGUGUCUAGAUUGCUUUCCUUUGAAAAUGUUUGAAACUUGAUUAUACUAUUUAUAAUUGGCCCAGGACUUUGAAUUCUGCCAGUAUACUACAUUGUAAAACAGAGUUGUAUUUUUUGAUAUUUAACAAUGCUGAACACUUAUAAAUGCCACUUCUAAGGAAUGGAAAUGGUGUGAAACACUUGAAUAAGUGUAAUGCCAAACAUUUGGAAAUAAAAUAUCAGUCAUGCUUAUUUAUGACUUAUUUUGAUUUAAUCUGGGUUAUGUUUUGGUGUAAUUGUUUUUUUUCUUUUUUCUCAAAAAAGUGACUCUAUGGCAUGAGCAUAAUUGCAGGUUUUUUGAUGAAUAUAAUGAAUGUAUGGAAUUAAACUGAAUUUGCAUGGUUUUACGAAUAAUUUCUUCGUGUGUACAUUUAGCUGCUAUUAACAAAGAGAGAACAUUCUGUGUGGCCAUGUUUGUUGAUCAAAUUUUUUUUUCCUAAAACGAUUCUCAAACUCCCUUUAAAAAUGACCAAGAUUUGUCCUCUUGAGCUGUUAUCUUUGAAUAAAAGUUUGUAUAUUAUUUGUUUCAUAA